AUGGAAACAGUGACUCUCGUAAUCUCAGUUAUGCUACAUCCCAAACAUCAUCGGGACAUGGAUCAAUUCUUUCCAUGUCAGCUUAUGGACGCCCUUUCCAUUAACAUAGAUGAGGAUGAUUACUUUUCCAAUCAUACUCGUGAGCAUUUUACUCAGCCACCACCUUCUGCUGCUUUACCUUCUGCUACUUCAUCUUCUGCACUGGAGAUGCAAAAAGCUCUAUGCCAUUUGAAUCAAGGGCCAACAAUUCCCCAAUGUUUAGAGAAGCUUGAGUUGCUCGACUUAGGCCCAGUAGACCCUCUACAAUUUGCCGUGUAUCACAUUUUUGGAGAGACCAUGAAUAUAAGAGAGAUGUGGGUAAAUUUGCCCAAUGAUCCACAUAUAUUAAGAGGAUGGAUCGAGAUGACAGCUGCUACAAGUUUAGGAGUUUUAAAGGAUAUAAAGAUUGUUCGUUAA